ACAUCUAUUAUGAGAGAUACCAUUCUCUGGGGGACAUAUACUAUUGGAUCAACAAGACUGCCCAGGAACACUCAGACAUGGUCAAAGUCAUCCUGAUUGGCUCAUCGUAUGAGAAACGCCCACUUUAUGUUCUCAAGUUGUCCGGACGACAAGAGAGAGCUGAAAAGAGAGCAAUGUGGAUUGACUGUGGCAUUCAUGCUAGAGAGUGGAUCUCCCCAGCCUUCUGCCUGUGGUUUGUGCAAUAUUCCUUGAAUUUCUACAAUCAAAACAAUGACAUCACUGAGAUGCUGAACAGUAUGGACAUCUAUGUUCUGCCUGUCAUGAACCCGGAUGGAUACAAGUACACAUGGACAACGAACCGAAUGUGGAGAAAGAAUGUUCCUCGAACAAGGAAAGCAACUGUGUUGGAACCGACCUCAAAGAAACUUUGAUGCAAACUGGUGC